AUGGCUGAAAAAACCUACAAGAAAACUCCUCGUGAUGCCGAGAAUUUGACUCGAUGGGCUGUUGCUUUGUUACGAUUAUCCUCGGAUCAGUCUUUUCCUGAUUCAUUACAUACCGUUGAAGUCUCUAUUUUAAAGCUUCUUGAGGCUUUUCCUCUCAAUCCCAAAAACUUGGAUGUUCUUUGGCUGCUUGGAAUGGCUUUCACUGAGCAGGCAAUUUUAACCCCAGACGAUAAUGACGCUGCAGCUGUUUACUUCAAACGAGCUUUUCGUCAGGAUCCUUCCAAUCCAUCUUACCAAUUCUCAUCCGAACUCGCUGAUUUUAAGUAUCAUGAGCAAACCCGAGGGCUUUGUCCUCGUACAAAGAUUCGUGGUCCUUCUUGGCCUUCUUCUGCACAAAAGGUAACUAGACAUUCAAAUUUCUCUUGCUAG